GUUCAAAUUUCCAUAUCUGAGAAAUUCAUUUCGUUUUGAUGAUGCGCUUUCCAUUUCUCAGCCUGCUCAGCUCGUUUCACUCACCGGCUCACCGCUUGUUUGUGUUCAAUUAUCUAGUCCACAGUCGCCGGUCAGGCCUGCUUAUGAUUGUGGACAGCAUGCAAGUCUGUGUAUGUAUUAAGCAUCAUAUCCUUCUUUUCUCAUUCUUUUGACCUCUGGUACCUUCGAUGCUCAUUGCACAGCCUCUGUCCUCUUAUUCAAUAGAGAAACACUUCUUUCAAUUUGACAAUAAGAUGUUCGCGACAAGUUUUCGUCAUAGGAAGUUCUCAAACCUAAUAUGCUGUCGUCCUUGACAGCCGUGCUUUCCUUGACACAUUCUAGAUCUUCGAAUCAUUGGCAAUCCUCGGGCCAGUUUGCAAUCUCGUUUCCUCAGUACGGCUUGAAUUCAAAAUUUUAUUGAGCUACGAUAAUGAGACGGGGGGCGCAGUAUUGUUGUUCUCGUGUCAUAAACAAGCAGAGUAUACUGCGAUUCUGCCUGAAUGCCCUCAAAAAUACCCUUCUGAGGUGGCAUGUCGUUGACCAACCAAUGAAUUUUGAAUUCAAGUCCAUACACUAAUAAGCCUCCUUACUAACUUCACUAGUUUUACGUUUCCUGAGAAACACAUAUAUCAUGUGUGUCAGACUGAUUAAUAUAAAUGCAAGAGCUAUAUCACACAUGAUCAGUUUUUGAUAGUCUCAUUGACGUCGCCGUUCCUUAACUGCCCCUCAACAUCACAUAUUGCUAAAAAGCCCCUCCCAAAUCGCAAUAUAUUUUUACGAGACCAGAGCAAGUUUUCUCUCUUGCCAAGCUCCUUAGAAUCACAGAUAUCUCUACAACGAUCCGAUUGUCCAGCUCUUCCAUUUAUUCAGAAACGAGUCGAAGCAUAUUCUUUCACUACAAAUAUCACUUAUCUGAUUGUCACAAAAUCCCUAUGCCGGUUUCGCCCUGGUUCAAUCAUAUCAACUCCCCACCCUCCGCGAAUCCCACCGGUAUUAUUGACAACUGCGAGGAGGUUGUAGAAUCCUUUUCGAAGCUAGAACAGCCGAACAACUUAUACGGAAGUGAAGGCACUGGCAAAUACUUCACUCAAAUCCCAUCACCAAAGAACAAUGAUAAUGAAAUUGGGCGCAUAGAGAAUUGCAAUUCUUUUGUAAAAGUCGAACCAUUUAUAUCUCCAAAACCCAACCAUUCUUUUAAUGUUCACGGGGACGUUCCUCAUUACUUUAACAAAAUCAACCAAUCUGUACGCCAUGGAUUUUUACAAAAUCUAAAAUUGCCGUCACACAACAAUCUACGCACAUCAUUGCCCAUUCGCUCUUUUCAAUAUGGUGUAGCAAACAAUGCCUCGAGCUCUACGGCCUUUGGGUUUCACGACUCAGAAGACGGUACAAAUUCAAUAUCGAAAUUCCAACAUUCCAUCUCUCCUCCUCCCAAUCUUGAGUCAUAUACAGAUCCACUUCAAGGCAAUUCCGAAGGUCGAUUCGAUACCAGGGCCUAUCAAGGGCAGCAAUUGGCGAACAACUCGAUUGCACAACUCAAUUCAUACCAAAAACCCCCCACGGAGUAUCAUUAUCAAACUCAAAACGUCUCACCAAGCCUAUACUCUUAUGUCCCUGUAAAGUACAAUCGUUAUGGUUCUGGCUCUUUCCUCAAAUUCGGGAAAGACAGCUCUGGAAAUCAACUGGCAUAUCCUCCUCAAGCAUCCACGAAUUUAUUGCCUGUGGGCACAGCACCGACCUCUUCACGUACAAACGGACUGACUAUUUCGACUUCGCGCCCUACUGAUCUGUGGGGAAAUCCUCCUGAAGUUCUGGGCAUGCAUUGGGGCGGUGAUAUUCUGUUUAACAAUCUACCACAUUCAUCAAAAAUGUCGAUUUCAUGCCAAGUAUCUCAAAGCUACAAUGAUGCAAAUACUUCGAAUGGGAAUACGUCUGUCUCGAAUUCCUACCCCUCUCAAAUCUCUAAAUCACCUUAUAAUCAAGUCGCGUAUCAACAACACGGUUCCAACCAUAUAGAGUCUCACUCACCAAAGCUUUCAUGUCCCUCAAAUAGCGUUCAUAAUCAAGAAGAUAUUCAUAGCAUGAAUCAGAACAAAAGCUUAGACCUUGAUUGUAUUCCUACUAUGGAAAUUGAUCAACUCUGCCCGAGAAGCUUUCCAAGUACAUGUCUACAUCCUCAAUGCCAAUGCAAACGAACAAAUAAGCCCAAGCUAUACAAUAGAUACAAAGACUGGAAAAACCACUUCAAACGUUCUCACCAAAAGCGAUAUCUCUGCGGCUUACCGAAUUGCCCAAAUGGUAAAAAGAAAUACGGCACAAUUGCAGAAGCCAAGCGUCAUCGACUCUCCGUUCACCGUUUUGGUAAGGCAGAUGCUAAACACUGGAACUGCCAGGUUCCGGAUUGUCGACGUAGUACUAAAGUGUUCAUAAGAGGUGACAAGUACAAAGAUCACCGAGAUAGAUGGCAUGGGCCAUUCCCCUGCCAGUAUCCAGGGUGUGUAAGAGGGCUUGGUCAUGGGUUCAAGGAUCAAGAAGCACUUGAUAAGCAUGGUCAAAAAGAGCAUAGAUGGAGCCAAGAUGCUUAGCUCCAGACCCUCUUGUGUAUAUACAAACCUGUAUUAGUAUUUCGAUCUACUUUUCCUACAUAGCCGCGAAUUCAGAUUCUUUUUCCUCGAAGUGAUUCCUAGUUUUCUUGGGGUAGAAUUGCA